UCUAUUGAAGACAAUGAGGUGUAUUUGCCUAAUGAUGAAAUUUGGACCUAUGAUAUUGAUAGUGGGCUGUGGAGAAUGCACCUAAUGGAAGGAGAACUCCCUACCUCCAUGUCCGGAAGCUGUGGUGCUUGCAUUAAUGGAAAGCUGUACAUUUUUGGAGGAUAUGAUGACAAAGGAUACAGCAAUCGACUUUAUUUUGUUAACUUGCGAACAAGAGAUGGAACCUACGUUUGGGAAAAAAUCACCAACUUUAAGGGACAACCGCCCACACCACGUGAUAAACUUUCCUGCUGGGUUUAUAAAGACAGGUUAAUAUAUUUUGGUGGUUAUGGGUGUAGGAGACACAGUGAACUCCAAGACUGUUUUGAUGUUCAUGAUGCGUCUUGGGAAGAGCAGAUGUUCUGGGGAUGGCAUAAUGAUGUCCACGUAUUUGACACAAAGACACAAACUUGGUUUCAACCAGAAAUUAAAGGUGGAGUCCCACCGCAGCCCCGAGCUGCACAUACGUGUGCUGUUCUUGGAAAUAAGGGCUAUGUCUUUGGAGGACGUGUUUUGCAAACUAGGAUGAAUGAUUUGCACUGUCUAACUUUAGAUACCUGGACUUGGUCUGGAAGGAUUUCUAUUAAUGGAGAAAGCCCAAAACAUCGAUCAUGGCAUACUUUAACACCAAUAGCUGAUGAUAAGCUUUUCUUAUUUGGUGGACUAAGUACAGAUAAUGUUCCAUUAAGUGAUGGUUGGAUUCAUAAUGUCAUAACAAAUUGUUGGAAACAACUUACACAUUUACCUAAAACCAGACCUCGGUUAUGGCACACAGCCUGUUUGGGAAAAGAAAAUGAAAUAAUGGUAUUUGGUGGGAGCAAAGAUGAUUUACUUUCCUUGGACACAGGUCACUGUAAUGAUUUAUUGAUCUUUCAAACACAGCCUUAUUCACUACUCAGGUUAUGCUUGGACUGCAUUGGUAAAAAUGCUAUGAUUUUAAAAAGUCAGAUAUCUUUAUUACCUCCUAAACUUCUACAACAAGUGCUCAAAAAAAUAACAUUUUGGACUGCAGCUAAUCACCGAGAAGAACAAAGAGUCCAGAAAGAAGAAACAAAUAACUAUCAGUGGAUCAAUAGCUAUUAAAUUGAUUAUACUCUAUAUAUUUAAUAUGUUUGAAUAUUUAAAUGAGACUAUAUUUAAACUCCCUUUUCCAAACUGCAGGCUCGAUUUAAAGGGGAUAAAAUGAUUUAAAUGAAAGUGUUCUAUUAAAGUGACUAAAUGGCAUGAGAUAUAUGGAAAUAAGAUGUUAAUGAAAAUUGUAUUUGUAAAUCAGUCCCCUUAUAAGGAACGAGUACUCUUUCUGAAAGUAGGUGCAAUUAUAACAGAUUUUUAACUCAAUAUGUGCCCUUUACUGGAAAGAUUAUAUUAAUUUGAAAAUAAGAAAUUACCCUAAUGUCUCCAGAAAUCCCCAAACAGUGAUAUAUAGAUUAACAUUAAGUAUAAACUUUAAGAGAAACUAAAUUUCCUUGUCACUUUAAAAUGGCUAAAGCUUCUCCUUAACUAACUUUGUUAUUAAUAACAUCUCCUUAAAUAAUGAAUGCAACUGGCCAAAAAUGAUAAAAUACACAAAUCCCAGUAAGGUGUUAAAUUCUGAACUCCUGCCCUUUUAGCACUUACAUAGUGAAGUAUUUAUUCUUAGGCAUCAUUGUAACUUUUCUUCAUCUGAUUAGGGGAAUAAAUGUUUUCGACUGUCUUUCUGUGUUAUGCGCUUGCCUAGUGUCUGUCAUACUGUAAGGACCAUAUUUUAAGGUACAUCAAGUCAGGGUUUAUUUAUCACACAGCCUUCGAAAUGUUGAGAAGCAGUAUAUUUGUUCACUUGGAGACUUGUCAAAAUAUGUUUUGUCUUGAAAAAGUGAUUCUCAAAUGUUGGUUGUAAGUAAUGAAAUGGAAUGAUAAUCUAGCAAUUCGAUCUUACAGAAACCCCUAAAUUUGAUCCUCGUCACUCUACAGAGUUGAUGCUCAAGAUACCAAAAAGUUGAAAAUCUAGUACCUUCCCUUUUAUCUUCAGUAUUAUCAUUUUUACAAAAAUGGAACACUAUAUAUACUAUAUUCCUCAAAAUGGCACUUUUGCCAUAUGAAGAAAUUUUUCUUCCUAGUAUCACAGUCAUGUCCUUCCCUUGAAUUAUAAAUUACAAUUAGCUACUAAAAAGUUCAGUAUAUAAAAUUACUCUCCACAAGCUCACCAUGCAAGUUAUCUCUGAAGUGUGAAAUGUUAGAAAAAAUAUAUUUCUAUAUCAAAAUAUGUAUAUAGUUUAUAACCAAAAUUAUAGUCAUAGUAUUUCAUUAAAGUUUAGAGAUAUAUUUUAUAUAUAUGUACUAUAUUUUGGAUGUGUAAAGCUUCUAUUUAUGUAUUGAAAUAUUUUGUGUUUACAUUUUAUUUAUUGUACAAAGUAUAUAGAAUUACUGU